AUCGAACUAAUGCUUCUUUAUCUACGCUUUACAUAGUUUCAUGUAAGAAUAGAGCCUUGUUCAGAAAGUUUCAUACGGUCUUGAGCUCGCCCACCCUCACACCAAGUUUGUGAAGUAGAAACAUCUGCACUUCACUUGACAGCUGCAGCAAGUGCGAGGAAACUAUGGCAGGAACAGUCUCAACAGUCUCCAAGUUUGUCGCCAGGUUUGGCACCAACGUUCAGAAUUUCCUAGCUCCUUCUGCCCUCCAGGCAUCGCAACAAAGAAAUUAUGCUAAAGCCAAGGGGAAAAGAAUCAAAGUUGCUAACCCAGUGGUGGAGCUGGAUGGUGAUGAGAUGACACGUAUCAUCUGGGAGAAGAUCAAGGAAAGACUGAUUUUUCCCUAUGUGGACGUAGACUGCAAAUACUAUGACCUUGGGCUUCCAUACCGGGACCAGACAAAUGAUCAAGUGACCAUUGAUUCUGCAGAAGCCAUCAAGAAGUACAACGUUGGCAUAAAAUGUGCCACUAUUACUCCUGAUGAGGAGCGUGUCAAAGAGUUUAAUCUGAAAAAGAUGUGGCUGAGCCCAAAUGGAACUAUCCGUAACAUCCUGGGCGGGACUGUAUUCCGUGAACCAAUUAUCUGCAAAACCAUUCCUCGCCUUGUGCCUGGCUGGACACAACCCAUUGUCAUAGGUCGUCAUGCUCAUGGUGACCAGUAUAAAGCAACAGAUGCAGUUUAUCAAGGUCCCGGAACCUUGGAACUAGUCUUCACACCUGCAUCUGGAGGUCAGCAGCAGAAGCUGCAGGUGUUCCAGUUCAAGUCUGGUGGCGGUGUAGGCAUGGCCAUGUACAACACUGAUGAGUCUAUCACAGGGUUUGCCCAUGCCAGCUUCCAGUAUGCUUUAAUGAAGAACUGGCCUCUUUAUAUGAGCACAAAGAACACCAUUCUCAAGCGGUAUGACGGCCGCUUUAAAGAUAUUUUCCAGGAGAUCUAUGACAAACAGUACAAGCCUCAGUUUGAGAAGCAAGGUAUAUGGUACGAACACCGUCUCAUUGAUGACAUGGUUGCACAGGCACUAAAAUCAUCUGGUGGCUUUGUGUGGGCUUGCAAGAACUAUGAUGGAGAUGUGCAGUCUGAUAUUGUUGCUCAAGGCUAUGGUUCCUUAGGCCUUAUGACUAGUGUGCUGGUAUGUCCUGAUGGCAAAACCAUUGAAGCAGAAGCUGCUCAUGGGACUGUGACACGUCACUACAGAGAACAUCAGAAGGGGAAGCCUACCAGUACCAAUCCCAUUGCUAGUAUAUAUGCAUGGACGCGGGGUCUCGAGCACCGAGGCAAGCUAGACGGCAACAAUGAAUUGCAGAGAUUUGCACAGCUGAUGGAAAAGGCAUGUGUUGACUGUGUGGACAGUGGCAAGAUGACCAAGGAUCUUGCUGGUUGCAUAUAUGGUCUCAAAAAUGUGAAGCCUGAGCACUUCUUGUUUACUAUGGACUUCCUGGAUGCUAUAGGAGAAGAGUUUGAACGAAAAUGGGUUGCAUAAUUCUGCCUACGAGUAGGUCAUCCAAAUUCCACUACUAAACUCAUGGACAGUUCGUGUCGUCACCCAGAAGUCAGCCGCCGAACACCUUUGUCAUCUGUUCUUUGUUCUUGAGCAGUGAUGAAAGUUCUUUUACUUUCCAAGUCACCAUCAAACAGUCAUAUUUUGAUUAGGCAGCAAGGAGUCAGAGCAAUAGAUGCUUUAUUGUGAUUUAAAUAUAGUUGUUCUUUUAGUGCCUGUUCAAGAGACAGGUCUCUGGCAUAAGACUAGUUGUUUUCAUCUUUUAGUAGUAUUUUUUGGAAUGUUUCCAUUGUAUACCUUAGACCCUCUUACAGUACCAAAGUUGACAAAAGGAACUAUAGAUUGCUUGGAGAAAUUUGGGUGUGGAGGUGUGUGUGAAAAACGGAUUUCUUUACCUCCAAGUAAAUAUUGCAUACACAGGCAUGAUUAUGUCUUGUGGCAAGCAUUACAACCAUUUUAAGAGUACAAGUAACAGCAUUUCUGUAAUUGUGAAAGGAAAGAAAAUUUAAAACCCAAAGAAACAAAUGUAGCCCAUAAGAAAGAAAGGGGGAAAAAUAACCAAAGCUGUGCAAUGUAGGCUUUAAGGUCUCUUUGCAUUAUCAAUAAAGGCAAAAUUUUGAAAGAUUGCCUCUAUAGACUUGUUUAGGCAUUAAAUGCCCAUAGAAUAAAUACUGCUGGGGCUUUUGCUCAGCUGCCAAAGAAAUGCACUUGAUUUUAAUAGCUUAUUUUAUGCAUUGUGUUCUUUUUAAAUUGCCUUUUGAGUAUAAGCACUUAAUUUAGAUAUUUAAAAAAAAUCUUUAAUCUGGAUGUUUUUUAAAGUUGAAAAUCAUUCAUACUUUUAUUUCUGAAAAUUCUAAGAGUACGUGUGGGGUACUGUGGCAUAAAAAGGAACUAUUUAUUCAGGAUCAGGGCACUUGGCAUAAUCAAUGCAUGUUUUAUAAUGCAUUUUAGAAUAAUAAAACAUUUUUGUUCAGAAUCUUCUUUUUUGUACACGCGGAUAGAGAAAUUUAUCUACUUUUAGUCUUGAGUUUCGCCACUUGUUUAUUUUUAUUCCUCCUCUUGGUAGUGUUUUGCAGAGGUCUGUAUAUUUUUCUUGUCUGUUUCAAACAACACUCUUUAGAUGACUAUUCAGCUUUAAUAUAUUGUUUUUUGUCAUAAUUUAUAUCUUAUUGAAGGUCUGCCUACAUUACCAUUUAAUGAUCCAGCAGUUGUUCGAUGUUACAGAUGAUGAGGUACGCUAAUGAAAUUUGAAGACUGUCACUUGCAGGCUGACUAUUUUGUGUGUGCUGAUGUUAUCUUGUUGUGGAAGGAGUAUGAAUUAAAAUGAGUUUGUUUGCUCAC